CCAGCGAGCAGUGGGCGAAAGUGUCGGUAUAUAUGCCGCUGAUUGGUACGAUUCAAUCUCAGUGUGCACUCCUGAAGGCUACCAUGAGCACUUCGCAGAUCCUCGUGCUCCUCGCCCUUGUGGCGACGGUAGCUCUGGCCACCGAGACGAAGAAGACCGACAGCAAAGAGAAGGCCGUCGACUCAAAGGACGCCAAGAGCAAGCGCGGCCUGGAACUGAGUCUGGGUCAUGACGGUGGUUUCGGCGGCGGCGGUGGUUUUGGCGGACACGAUUUUGGCGGCGGCGGCUUUGGUGGAGGACUUGGUGGAGGAUUUGGCGGAGGCGGCGGCGGCGGCGGCGGCGGCGGCGAUGGUGGACGAAUCUCCGGCAUCACGAUCCAUCGUGAAGUCUCGGUGCCGGUCCCGGUGCCCUACACCGUCGAGAAGAACGUACCGGUGCCCGUACACGUGCCGGUGAAGGUUCCGGUAGACAAUCCAAUACCAGUUCACGUUCCAAAACCUUACCCGGUUCCGGUGGAGAAAACCGUGCACGUCCCUGUCGAAAAACCGGUCCCGGUACCUUACAAAGUACCCGUUAAAGUGCCCGUUCAGAUACCCGUUCCCUAUAGCGUACCCUAUAAAGUACCCUACCCCGUGCAUAAGGAGGUGCCCUAUCCGGUCAAAGUUCCGGUCGUCGUCAAGGAAUCAUACCCCGUUCUGGUGCACGAAGGCGGCCACGGUGGUGGUUUCGGCGGCGGUAGCUUCGGAGGCGGAUUUGGUGGCGGACACGAGAUCAGCUUUGGUCUGCAUCAUUGACGAUGGUCUGACGUCAAGCGACAUUAAUGAUGAUACUCUUGUAUAUAAUAAUUG